GACGAUUGGAUCUCUCUAUGAAUGGAAAAGGGGUGCUUCGGAUCGAGAGUAAACGCUAGUUACAUUACAGGGGAAAAAUCGGGGCGAAGGACAAAAGAAAGAAAGAGUGACCGAUGCCUACAUUAAAUCAAUUGAUUCGUCAUGGUAGAGAAGAAAAACGGCGCACGGACCGUACUCGAGCUUCGGAUCAAUGUCCCCAGAAGCAAGGAGUACGCCCGCGUGUACCAACGAGAACACCGAAAAAACCGAAUUCAGCUCCACGUAAGAUAGCCAAAGUACGGUUGAGCAAUCGACAUGAUAUAUUUGCUCACAUUCCGGGGGAAGGUCAUAAUUCGCAGGAACAUUCUAUAGUCUUAAUAAGAGGAGGUAGAGUGAAAGAUUCGCCAGGUGUGAAAUCCCAUUGUAUUCGAGGAGUCAAGGAUUUGUUGGGAAUUCUGGAUCGAAGAAAAGGGAGAUCAAAAUAUGGUGCAGAAAAACCAAAAUAGAGAUGAAUGGAAGAUGCCUCUGGAACUCUUUUUUCUCCAAUUUAAAGUACGAAGUUACUGGCUCUAAGAAGGCAAUUGCACCUUAGCCCAUGGACUGAUACGGAGACUACUCUACAGGGGAAAUCUCUUACUCGACUAGAGCGGAUCCCGAGACUUCACCCGUUCCUUUAAACUGUUGGGCACUACAUUCUAUAACGAGAAUCACAAGGCCGGUCAACAAGGAACAACCUGGCAGAGUGUCCUGAGAUAACAAGGAAAAAGUGAGAACGCCCAGUGACGAGAGUGGCGACAUACGAGGAUCUAACCUCGACCAACGAGAGCGUAGCUGCUCGACCUCCGACA